GUUGAGAAACGAGCAUUAUGGGAAUAGUAGUCUUAUGCAAAGUUUAGCAACCGGCUAACUACCAACUUCUCAGCGGCGUUCUUGACAACUGUCGCCUACAACUUCAGUAUGCAACACGGGCUGUGUAUAGAUGGCGGAGAGCAAUGACUGAGGAGUUUGAUGAAGAUGUGGUAUUUGAGAACUCCCCUCUUUUCCAGUACCUGCAUGAUCUAGGGCACACAGACUUUGAGGCAUGUCCAACGGCAUCACAGGAGGACGAAUAUGGCGGAGACCUCACCCCUUCCGACGAAGAUCCACACAAAACUUCAGGCGGUCGCCUAUGGAGACUGGCUGAAGCGUUGUGGAGAUGGAGUCCGAAUCAGCAGGCUGCAUCUCGUAAGAUGGGCCAGCAGCUGGAUGGUGUAUUCGGCCAAUACUCGGUGAAGUGCAUUCUGGACCAGGAUGUGCUGCUGCAGGAGGAUGUGGAGCUCAUCGAGCUGUUGGACCCCAGUCUGCUGACCCUCAGCUCGUCUGCCUCCGGAUCAUCAAGCCGAGCGAGCACUCUGCCCCGACCCAGCCUCAUCGCCAAGCCCUCCCUACGGGACAUGGCGGGGCUGGUGGGCCUGGCUGUGGUGCUGCUGGGGCUCUGCUCCGUGUCUGGGGGCUUGUGGUCGCUGGCUGCGGCCCCGUGGGGCCUGGCUCUGCUGGGCUGGGGGGGGCUGAGGGGGGUCACGCUGUGGAGACAGGGCCGCAUGGAGAGAGCCGUCCACACGCGGGCCGCGCAGCUUCAAACUCUCGUCCACAACAGUAAGACUCUGACCGGGCUGUCCCGCAAAGCCCUGCGCCUGGUGCAGGAGACGGAGGUCAUCUCCAGAGGGUUCACCCUUUUGCUCGACAGGGUGAGUGCAGCCGGCUCCUUUAGCAGGGCGGGACCGGGGGUGGUGCCAAGAGGCCAGCAGCUGAUCGGACUGAGGAAGGCUCUGUACCGGGCCCUCCGCACCGCCUUCAGAGCCUCACGUAGAGCCACCUGUCACAUGCUCAAGGCGUUCCCUCUGAACUCUGAGAUUGAUAAUGUGACCAACUACGUGUCUGCGGUGCCUCUGAAGGAGCUGGGGCUCGGCCUGGGGAUCGAGCACCUGGGGGACGAGCAGGCCCAGGAGCUGACGGACGACUACAGCCUGCCGGCCCUGAAGAUGCUGUUCCAGCUGUGGGUGGGACAGAGCUCUGAAUGUUUCCGUCGCAUGGCUCUUCUCCUGUCACCCCGAAGAAUCGAGGAUCCAGAAGAGGGUACACCCAACGGAGACACAUCACCUUCUCCUCCUCCUCUUCCUCCUCCUGCCCCCCCGCUGCACCGCUCCAUUGUGGCGGUGACGGAGCCCCUCCAUCACGCUCUGGCCAGCUGCCUCUGCGAAGUGCAGCGCAGCUUUGACUUCCAUCGACACUUUGAGACACAGCUGAGGACACCGACGGGCUCCGACAAGACGGGGACAGUCAGGGAGAAAUGCAGAGAGCUCAACACCCUGCACACCUCCAUCAGAAGCCUACAGCUGCACCUCAAGGCCCUGCUCAGCGAAAUGAUCAUCCUGGAGGACGACCUGGAGAAGCUGAUGGUGUCCAAGGAACCGACAGAGUUGACAGUCGAGGGCUACCAGGACCUCAGCCACCGGCUGCACCACCUGCAGCCUCACAUGCAGGCCAGCAGUGGCUGCUGGGAGGACACCGUCUGCCAGGUGGAGCGCAUGCUCCGACGGGUCAACGCCUGUCCAGGUAAUGCUGAGGGUCCGGAGCAGUGUGGCCCCCCUGUAGCUGAGAUUCCUGCUCCUCCUCCAUCCUACCCGCUCAUCCUGGACAGAGACCCUGUGCCAGAAGAGCUGGAGUGGGAGGCCUACGUCACCGACUCAGACUCCGACGGUGAAGGCAGAAGCUCUUGGGUGGACAUCUUGUCACCGGAGGAGAAGGAGCGGCAGCGUCGGGAGAGGGAGGAGUCCCGCCGCGUCCUGUCGGAGCUCAAAUCUGUGCUGGGCUUCCGUGCUUCAGAGGGGGAGAGGAUGAAGAGGAAGCAGAUGCUCUUCAACGACCAAGCUGCUGUAACGCCUUCAGGUCGCACUGAGAGUUCAGAUCCUGUCACAGAGCCGGCAGACGCUCUGGGAUCUGUAGAAAGUGGCGAUGAAGAAGAAGAAAAAAACCACUUUUCAGAGUGCUCUGCAGGAAGUGAAGGAGAGGAAAGGGAGGAAGGAGAAGAUGGCAGGGUGGGGCCUGACCCGUCCGCAGAGCCACUGACGGAGUUCAGCUGUGGUCCGGAGAAGGAAGGGGAUUUGGGAGGGGCUUCAGUGUGCACGAGAGGAGGAGGAGGAGCGUCCGAGCUGCACCAAUACGACGGCCUGCUGGAGGGAGGGGAGGGCCACAACGGGCUGGACUGCUUCCUGGAGACGAAAGUCCCCGCUGUCUCCGUCAUGGACAGGCUGACGGAGCUCCAUGGCUCAGAGGCUCUGAGCUUCAGCUCCGCCCUCGCCGCUCAGGUGGCGGCGCGCUCGCAGACGCUCAUCGCCAUGAAGGAGCAGACAUUCGGAGACGACGAUGACGACGACGAGGAGGAUGAAGAGGAGAGCGACAGGCGAACCCCUGACAAGGACUUAAAUUAAAAAAAAUGCUGCUUUAUCCAAACACUGAGCAGAGACUGUAUUUAUGUCGGAUUGUCUUCUAUCGUGUUACAUUACUGUUUCUGGUGUGGAGGCAUUUCAAAUACUCCCCCAUCCGUCCAUUUUACUGUUCAUUACCCGCUGUUAAAACUCAGGUACAAGAACCACUAAUACGAAAUAAGAUCAUCCAGUGUCAGAAGACCAGAAUGUCUAGAUGGCUUGGUGCCAUCUUCGGUAGGUGUUGAAACAAAGAUGUAGGAACAAGAUUUUCUCCAUACCCGAAAAAAGGGUGUAAUAUUAGCCUCUUUGAGAGGAGAAAUCGUUUUAUUUGCUGGUUCAAAAGCAGUCCAAUCCUGUUGUUGGCAGGAGGCUUUGAAAGUCUGAGAUACAGUGGUACUUCUUUGUGUUCACACAGAACACAAAGUUUGAUGAAAAUCUACAAUGUAAAACUACUUUGUUACUUGAAAAGAUCUUAAACUCUGAAUUUAACUUAAUCUUGCCAACAAAAUGUAGUUACAGUCUCAAAAGUACUCAUAAACCCAUUUCAAACAAACUUUAAAACAAUGUUUUUUCAGGAUUGCAAUACUUGAUUUAAUGAACUUUCUACUCCUGCAGUUUGUACACUGAAUGUUUUUGUGUGAAGAAACACACAGUCCAGAAUUCAAGUUCAUGAAAACGACACAAGGAAGCAGCAGGAAGUUGAAGUUGGGCUGCACAAUAUGAGGGAAAUAUGCAAUCAUUUAGUUGAAUAUUCCAAUAAUUAUAUGAAUUCCUAUAAAUAAUAAUAAUUGACUUAACUGCUAAUACGCAACAAAUUACUUGUUGAAUUAAAAAAGAGAAGUAUGCAUUUUUGAAUAAAUUGAAGUCAAAGGAAAAGACACCAGUACAAAAAUAAUAGUGGUUGUAUUUUAAGGGCAGUUUUUUCCUGAUACUCUGUUUAAGCUAUGCAUAGAAAUCCCUGGGGGCAUUUCGCAUAUCGUCUUUACGGUGUGUUCAUCUCCCAAAUUGUCAGUAACAAUUAAAAAAAAAACCUAUAUAUUGUGCAGCCCUACUCUGCUGAACUUAAUUCUUAGUCAAAUCGGAAACAAUGCUUUCCAUGUAUUCACACUCCUUUUUUGAACACGCCACUAUUGUAUUGAACUAUUAAUGAAGACAAAAAGUGUUCAGUGUCUGUGUUUACAGGGCCAAGCUCGGAGGAUAGACUUGUUUUGACUUGAGACUUUAUGGACUGAACUCUGCUGCUGUGAGGCUUAAAUUAAAAUACCUGUGGGUAUAGUAAUAAAAAAGGAGGUUGAUUUUCUCAUGUGAGGGCAAUCUUAAACUUUGUUUCAUAUGAAGAGCCUGACAGCCCUGAUGUUUCCCUCCCCACUCCUCACCCUUCCUUGUCUUUCUUGUCACCAAGUCUGCCUUGUCCUGACCCUUCCCUCACCCUCUCCUCCUCUCUCUGGGUGAGGUCGACCCCCUCCUGCAUUUUCCGAAAUGAAAUAAAAUACCAUUCUGGAAGUGUU